GGGAUGAGAUCGAGGAGAAGUAUGGAAGGCGGAAGCUUGGAGAGGGACUUGAGGUGGUGGAGGAGAAGGAUGGUGCUGGGGAUGGUGGGAAGGUUGUUGCCGUUGGAGAGAAGAGGAAAGCUUCGGACUUGGUGAAAGGACAUGGUGGUUCCGAAGGAGGAAGAGGAGUUUGAUGAUGAGGAGAAGCUUUUGAGGACGGUGUUUGUCGGUAACUUGCCGUUAAGAACAAAGAAGAAAGCGUUGAUGAAGGAGUUCGGGAGGUUUGGGGAGAUUGAGUCCGUGAGGAUUAGAUCAGUACCUCUCCUCGAUAGCAAAAUUCCUCGGAAGGGUGCUGUAAUUAAGGGGAAAAUCAAUGAGUCUGUUGACAGUGUACAUGCGUAUAUUGUUUUCAAACAGGAGCAAUCUGCAAAUGCUGCUUUGUCUCAUAAUAUGGCGGAGGUUGGAGGUAAUCAUAUUCGUGUGGACAUGGCAUGCCCCCCUCGUAAGAAACUGAAAGGCGCAUCACCGCUCUAUGAUAGGAAAAGGACUGUUUUUGUGGGCAACCUCCCAUUUGAUGUGAAGGAUGAAGAAUUAUAUAGAUUAUUUUCGGGUACUAGCCAAUCAGAUUCUGGGCUUGAAGCUGUCCGAGUGAUCAGAGAUCCUAAUACAAGUUUAGGGAAGGGUAUUGCUUAUGUCCUGUUUAAAACAAGGGAUGCUGCCAACACGGUUGUUAGACAGAAAAACUUGAAGAUACGUGAUCGCCUUCUGAGAGUUUGCCAUGCCAAGGCAGAAACGCUGACAACAAACACACCAUCAAAGAGAAAAAGCCCUGGGCCGAAAAAGGACUCGCCACCGAAGAGAUUGGCUUUGAGCUCUGGUGAAGCAUCACCAGGAAGCAAGGACAACAAACCGAAAGCAAAAGCUGCUUCCCUGUCCUACCAAGGCAUACGGUCCAGUAAAUCGGGAGUCCUAAAGAAGACAGGUGUACCCCGACGUCCAACAGGGAAUACAAAGAAUGAAGCUAACAAAGCUGGUCGGGCCGAGCAGAAAACUAGCAAAACCAAGCGGCCUGCAGUUGCUGCCCGGAAGGCAAAACUUCAGAAGAAACGCAAACAGGAAGGUGGCACCCCUGAAAACACUCGGCGCAACAAGAAAGCAAGAAAGCACUAGGUUGAAGAAUUCUACAUUUAUAGACUGUAAAAGUAGCUUUGUUGUCUCUUUUGUUGUAUUUUCUGUUCUGUUCCAGAGAGAAGAUUAGACCUUUUUUUUUAUAAAUGUGUUCUUAUAAACUAAUGACUUUAACUUAUAUUUUUCCAAGAAA